AUGGAGUCAACUGAUCAGGAAGAGACUUCCAUUGGCAAUCCGUUACCAGCUCAUGCUAUCCAGGAUCUGACCAGCGUAUUUUACAUUCAUCCUUCUGAAAGUGCAGGAUCCACAAUAGUUCCAUUUGUUUUUGGUGGAUCUGGAUAUCGAUCAUGGAGGAGAACUGUUCUUCGAGGCUUAUCUGUGAAGAACAAAACUGGUUUCAUAAUUGGGAAAAUACAAAAACCACGCCUGGAUUCACCCAAUUUUGCUCAACGGGAAAGGUGUGAUGAUAUGGUGACUUCUUGGAUCUUAAAUUCUAUGUCCAAAGAUCUCAGAGAUAGCCUGCAAUAUUUUGAUAAUGCUAGAGAACUUUGGGAUGAAUUAGAAGAUAGGUAUGACCAAACUAAUGGAGCAAAAUUGUAUCAACUCCAACAAGAAAUCAAUGAUCUCAGUCAGGGUAAUUUGGAUAUCACUGGGUAUUACACCAAGAUCAGAAAAUUAUGGGAAGAACUCAACAAUUUGGAUACUAAUUCACAAUGCACAUGCUUGUGUACAUAUGGUGGAAAAUCGAAAAUGCACAAAGCUGAACUUGAUAGAAGACUUAUUUAG